AAACAUAAAAAAAACUAUAAAGCACAACACAGCCGUGGCUCACAUAUUCUACUCGACUUGUUUUUGGGCACAGGUAUCAAACUGUGAGCUGUGGAUCCGAGCUGAACCUUUUUUUCUUUUUUGUACAAAGGGGUACAGCAUGUCCGAAAUGCUUGACAUCUUGACAAAGAACUUUUCAACCCUGGACCUGGAUGAUGGCUUGUUCCUGACACAGUCUCAACUCAAAGUCCCAGGGCAGAGUCGGGUGAACCGGUCAGCCUCCUACUUCUCUCCCCAGUCCCCCCCUCUCUCCUCAAGCCACAGCUUGAGCACCGAGCAUGUUAACGAUGACAGCGGCAGCCCUUUCUGGCCAUCCAACAUCUGGGGUCAGGCCCCUGUCUCCAAACCAAAACAGCUGCCCUUCAGGCCUGACCGCUCCAUGAGCCUAACUGAGUCCACCAGCACCUUGCUCUCCUCUUUUGAGCAACUCAAGAACCUGGAGGCCUUUUCCUCACCUACUGCUACUACUGUGGCUCCCCCACCUGGCUUCCCUCCCUCAUCCAACCUCCCACCCCAGCUCCCACCUCUGCUCUCCUCUAACCGUUACAAGACUGAACUGUGCCGUGGCUUCCAGGAAACUGGUAGCUGCAAGUAUGGCAAUAAGUGCCAGUUUGCCCAUGGUGAAGCAGAGCUGCGUGGACUUUACCGCCACCCUAAGUACAAAACAGAGCCCUGCAGAACCUUUUAUAACUUUGGGUACUGCCCUUAUGGUUCACGCUGCCACUUCAUCCACGAGGCCAAAAUCAGCAGAGGCCCACUAUCUGCCAAAUUUCAGAAUGAGCGGCAAGUGAGUGCCAUAGCAACCAGUGGUCAGAAUCCACGCCCCCAGCUCCGCCAGAGUGUCAGCUUUGCCGGGUUCCUGGGUUCCUCACGCAGCUCACCUCCUCCAUCAUUUCCUUCAUCCUUUAAUGAUCCUAACCUGGGGUUCAGUCGUGCUCCCUCUGUUUCUCCACCUCCCGCAGACCUCCUCUCCCCAGUUUUUGGUGACUUGUGGGAGGAAAAAGCAUUCAAGUUUGGCAGCCAGCAGCAGAACCGUGCCAGCACCGGAGACAUUCACAACAUUCCUCUCAUCCUGGAGCCAAAGGCCUCACGCUGUGUGUGUGGCCAUGGAAAUAAUCUUUCUGCUGUAAACAGCAACAACAGCAGAGUCUUGACCAGCACAGAAGAUGGGCACCACCAGGACAGCAGCAUGCUGUGUGCAUUUCCCGGAGGCCACGGGGGAUUCACGAAGCCUUCUGGACUCCAGCGUUUCUCCUCUGAAGACUCGCUGGAGGACAGCUACAGCAGCAGCAGCGGAGGUUCCAGUGGAAGUGAGUCUCCAACUUUUGACGGCUCUGCCACCAAGAGGCUCACCGUGUUUGAGCGCCUGUCCCUGUCUGACUAAGUGAAUCCAAAGGGAAACAACAGAAGAUAAUGGACACAUAGUUAAUAAUGUCUUUUCUGUGUGAACUAUAUUCAAGAAUCAGAACUGAUCAGGACAUGUCACAUUCUGAUGACACAGUAACACUUAAAGUUCUUAAUUUAUGUUUGUAAAAGUGGAGUCUCUUUGACAAACUACACAUGCUGAGAUAAUUUUAGUACCCAAAUGUUAGCAGUCUUUAUUUUUAUACUUAAAAUACUGUGUAGCCAAUUGUAUGUGGUCUUCGAUCAAAGUGAUCAAAAUGGCUUAUCAGUAGUGAUAAUCAUUCAUUCCUGUGCCUUAAAUAUUCUCCCUGUUUCACAGGCUAUUCAGCCUCAGUGCCAUGAACAGUAUGUUUGAUUCUGUAGCCUUAAUCAGUGAGACCUGACAUGUGUCACUGAUGCCAUUUUAUUUGUGAAAUGCACUUUACAGCUAAUUCCAAUGGGAGAAACUGUCAAGUCUCCCAGUAGCAUUCAACCAAAGCUUCAUACAUCACUCUUUUGUGUGUGUGUGUGUGUGUGUGUGUGUGUGUGUGUGUGUGUGUGUGUGUGUGUGUGUGUGUGUGUGUGUGUGUGUGUGUGUGUGUGUGUGUGCAUGUGUGUGCAUGUGUGUAUAUAUGCAUGUGUGUGAGUGUGUAUGUUUUUUCUGAGACCUGGGGGGCUAACAAAUAUAAGUUGCAGAAUGUUGAAAGAUCAAAGUGUGCUAAUAGAAAAUGUAUAAAAAUGUAUGUCAGUGAGUUUAGAUCUGAUAACUGACCCACUUUAACAUUCUGUAAUCUUUACUGGUUUGUAAAUUGCACCCCAUAUGUUAUUGUCCCGUUUGUUUAACAGCCUGGUUCAGGGAUUUGACACCGCAGUAUUCCUUUUGGUCAUCGGUUGCUUCAUGUUCUUUAACUUAAACGAAUAUAUUUAUUAUGAUAUUUAUUUGUGUUGUAAGGGAAAAAAAAUGUUUGUUUUGUACUAUUUAUACAAAUUCCUAUGUCUGUGAAAUACUAAUGUGAGGCAAAACAGUAAAAAAAAAAAAAAAAAAAAAAGAAUCUUAUAUUUUUAAUCGUCUGAAAGGGACAAAAUAAAUUUCUGAAUAAAAAGAAAUGAAUAGA